GCCGCGUGGAUUCCUCGGUGCUCGCGCUGCCGCACAGGCCCGGGGCUGUGGUUCAAAGAGAAAGACGAACGACACUGGGCAGAAAGUGCGCCUUCACCGCGUAGCCUGGAGAUGGCCUGGCACUUUUUUAAACGCCAUUUUAAGUUUAUGCCAUGGAGGAGCAGCACAGUUAUGGAGAGGACCUUCUGCUUAGGGUGGGACUUAAUGACAACAAAGCAGGAAUGGAAGGGUUGGAUAAAGAGAAAAUUAACAGAAUUAUAUUGGAAGCCACAAAGGGAUCUAGAUUUUAUGGAAAUGAGCUCAAGAAGGAAAAGCAAGUUAACCAACGAAUUGAAAAAAUGUUGCAGCAAAAAGCUCAAAUUACCAACCAGCAGCUAAGGAAAGCACAGCUACAGGUUGACAGAUUUGCAAUGGAAUUAGAGAAGAGCCGGAAUCUGAGCAACACCAUAGUACAUGUUGACAUGGACGCUUUCUAUGCUGCUGUGGAGAUGAGGGACAACCCGGAACUGAAGGACAAGCCCAUUGCUGUGGGCUCAAUGAGUAUGUUGUCUACUUCAAAUUACCACGCAAGAAGGUUUGGUGUCCGUGCAGCCAUGCCAGGAUUUAUUGCCAAGCGACUGUGCCCACAGCUUAUUAUAGUGCCCCCCAACUUUGACAAGUAUCGAGCCGUGAGUCAGGAGGUUAAGGAAAUACUUGCUGAUUAUGAUCCUGAUUUUAUGGCCAUGAGCCUGGAUGAAGCCUACUUGAAUAUCACAAAGCACUUAGAGGAAAGACAGCACUGGCCAGAGGACAAAAGAAGGUACCUCUCCCAGAUGGAGAACUCUGCAGGCGAUGAUAUGCCAAGCAAGGAAGUGGAUGUGCUGGGUGAACAGGACCGGGCCAUCUCCCCACUCCUUUUUGAAGACAGCCCCCCUGACUUGCAGCCUUUGCAAGGGAAUUCUGGAGAACAAAACAAUCCUCAAAUACUCCACAACUCAGUUGUUUUUGGAACAUCAGCAGAGGAAGUGGUAAAGGAAAUUCGUUUCAGAAUCAAGCAAAAAACAACACUGACAGCCAGUGCAGGCAUUGCCCCAAAUACAAUGUUAGCAAAAAUAUGCAGUGAUAAGAAUAAACCAAAUGGACAAUACCAAGUUAUCCCCAACAGACAAGCUGUGAUGAACUUCAUCAAGGACUUACCCAUUAGGAAGGUUUCUGGAAUAGGAAAAGUUACAGAGAAAAUGCUAAAGGCUCUCGGAGUUGUCACUUGCACAGAACUCUACCAACAGAGAGCAUUACUUUCUCUACUUUUUUCCGAAACGUCUUGGCAUUAUUUUCUUCAUGUCUCCCUGGGUCUAGGUUCAACACACCUGGCAAGGGAUGGAGAGAGGAAAAGUAUGAGUAUUGAGAGAACAUUCAGUGAGAUAAGCAAAGCAGAAGAACAGUACAGCCUGUGCCAAGAACUAUGCAGGGAUCUUGCCCAGGAUCUCCAGAAAGAAGGACUUAAGGGUAGAACUGUCACUGUGAAGCUGAAGAAUGUGGAUUUUGAAGUAAAGACACGAGCGUCUACAGUUCCAUGUCUUGUUUCUACUUCAGAAGAAAUCUUUGCUGUUGCCAAGGAGUUGCUAAGGACAGAAAUUGAUGCUGAUUUUCCACAUCCCUUGAGAUUAAGACUUAUGGGUGUUCGGGUGUCUGGUUUUCCCAACGAAGAGGACAAGAAGCAGCAGCAAAAGAGUAUCGUCGGCUUCCUACAGACUGGAAACCAAGUCCUGCCCGCCACAGGGCCUGUGCUAGAGAGAACUGGCAUAGAUCCAUUUGAAAAACCUCUAGAAGUGUCUCAUAAGAAGAGUUUCUUUGAUAAAAAACGAUUAGAAAGGAAAGGGAGUCACCAAGACACAUUGAAACAUGAAGCUGCAGAUGAACAGAGUUCACAGACCUCACAGCCACUGCCAGUUUUACAGAAGAUGAAUGAGAAUUUAGCAUUGGAGAGUGCGGGUGGCCUUGGCACCUUCACCUGUCCUGUUUGCUACAGAGAGCAAGAAAGCGUCAGUCUGGAAGCCUUCAACAGGCACGUGGAUGCAUGUCUUGAUGCACCUGCAGGCAGCGAGGCCACCAGGGGGUCCCUAGGCUCACAGGCUGCUGCCACUGAAGUCAGCAAGAAAGAAAAUGCACAUCGCUCUUUCUCUUGUGAGAAGCAGGAUGAUCAGGAAAAUGUAGACAUUGAUUUAGUAGGUUUGGAAGAGUCUACAGGUAACCCAUCUGAAGUACAGAGUGUAGACACUUUGAAUCAUAAGCACAAGGAGGAGUGUGAUGGUCUUCCAGACAAAUCUUUCAGUAUGGAAUAUGGUCACCAGAAUUCUUCUCACAUUGUUGCAUUGGAAAAGGAAGAUCCUGGGUCAUUAGGUGGGCAAGAAUGCCCCCAGCCUUAUUUAUAUGAAGUGACAGCAGGCCAAGCUCUAGUAUGUCCUGUUUGUAACCUAGAACAAAGGACUUCAGAUCUUACCCUGUUCAAUGUGCACGUGGAUGUCUGCUUAAAUAAAGAUGUUAUACAAGAACUGAGAAAUGAUUCGGUUAAUCCCGUUCAUCAACUCAAAGAAAAUUCCAGAAAUGCUGGCAACUCAAGCAGAGUACAGAAGACGUUAGCAAGAACAAAAAGGCCAGCACUGAUGAAAAAGAACUCAGCAUCAAAGAAAGUAAAGCCAAGCAGUGCCACACGUACCCUUGAUAUAUUUUUUAAGUGAGCAUUUUAUCAUUAAUUUUUAAUUGAAACUAAUUUUAUAAUCAGUGGAUUUAAUAUUCAUUUUAAUUUACAGAUUCCUUUAAUGGAGACAAAUGCAUAAUCCCUCUGCAAAUGACAUUUCCUUUUCUAAGAAUGAAGGAUGUACAAAUUUACUUCUAAGAAUGUGGAAUGUGCAUGAAUUUACUUCUAAGAAUGUGCAAUAUGUACAGAUCUACCUCUGUGUACGUUUUCUAUAAUAUGAGAACUUUUACAUCCAUUAUGGAUCAGGUGGAAAUCAGUCCUGUUAGAGAUCAUUUUAAAAAGAGGAACAGGAAUGGAAUCUGAAUAUGAUUUGUUAUUUUUACAGUGGAUAUAAAAAUACAGGCUCAGGGCUCUCAGUGGUCCCUACAAGCAUUUAUCCACUCUCUGGGCAUUGGACUGCUCUGAUCUUAGUAUCUUCUGAUACGUUAUGGACAUUCAUCAUUAGAACCUAUCAUAAUUUCUAUGAUGAGUAUUAACUUAGCAGAACUCCUAUGCCUAGUUUUGUUAUCUUCAGGAAAAUAAUAUCACAGUAUUAUCUGUGUUAAAAGGAUCAUUGCUUAAAAUAUCACUAUUUAUUGGUUUUUCUUAUUUAUAAUUCCUUUAUCUUAUGAAUGAACACUUGAUUUAUUUUAUACACAGUAAUUUUAUAUGUGGGACUUUUAAGUGGCAGGUUGUUGUUUCUGGCAGUUACAUCUGAUUUUUCCACAAGUAUGUUAAAAAGGAUAAAUUAUACAGUCAUUUUAAGAGGGAAAUGUACAAUUCAAAAGGUUAAUGUGUAUCAAAACAUCUCCUUAUCUUAGCUGCGUUUCUGACACAGCGUAACAUCAGUGGGUGUGCCGAACACUUGUGCUAGAGAAGUCUCUAAAGACAGUUGUGUAGCUAGAGCAGGAGACGCAGUCGGAGUCUUCACCACAAGAAGGAGCUGCAUCUUCUGUUCUCUUAGAGCUUUGUUUUCUUUUUCCUUUUUUUGCUCAUUAUUUAACCAUAUAAGGAAAUAACAUUAAUUAGCAUCUCGCACAACCUUUGGCCACAGGGGUAUCUUGAGUCUGAACUCCUAAACUGUUUGGAACCAGGCUGAGUGCUUGUCGGCCUGGUGUGUCGCCUGAUGUGACGCACCACAGCAAGCACAAAGCUGCUGCACUUAUGUAAAUUCCAGACCCAGCAAAACUGCUUUAAAUAUACUGGAAAGAUAGCACUCUGCUUGUUUUCUGUCUCGCCUGAAGUUUAUUGUUUUAAUAUUAGAGCAAAUAUCAAAUUAUCUUCAUUUAUAUAAUUAAACUGGAUGUUAUCUUUAGUAAUAUUCAAUAAUAA